AUGCGUCCUUUCACCCCCAUCUCCAGACACCGGUCUGGUCCACCACCGAGAACGGCGACGCCCAUAAAAAGCAUCUUGCGUCAAACGACAGUCCUCGGCCGGAGGAAAGCUGACGAAAUCGAGUUCGAUGACCCGCCCUCGAGCCCGACAAAGAGGCGGAAAGUCCUCAUCAACGAAAUGAAAAACCGCGUCUUCGAGUUUGGCAGUCGCUCAAUGGACGAGGUCAACUUGGAAGUGAGGAAGGCACUGGAGGAGCACCUCAUGGGCGAGGACGAGGACUACGACAUGCUCAAGGAGAUUUUCGCCAACGACAAGCAGCGAUACCUGCCACCCGUCGCCGGAGAAGAUGAGGAUACGCUCAAGCCCCAAGAGCUCAAGGGCUACGUUCUGGCGCUGACCAGCUGCGUGCCGCUGCUGAAGAACAAGGCUUGCAAUGGCCUCGUGAAGACCGUCUUGCAGGUCUCGUGGUUGGGCCGCGACGAGGACUUCUUCAAGGUGUACAUCCAGUUCCUGGCCGCUCUCGUCAGUGCCCAGGGAUCCUAUCUGACGCAUGUCUUGUCCAUGAUCGUCGAAAAGUUCUCUCACUCUAGACAAUCAGAGUGGAGCGUCGCCGAUUUUCCUACCGUCAGCCGAGCAACGAUGCGCGAAAGGCUACACACCGGCCUUCAGUACAUUCUUCAAAUGUUUCCCGCCGCCACACCUGUUCUCCGCGGCCUCCUCGAAACCAAGUUUCCCUUCGAUGACGACCCGAAAAAAAUGUUCGUUGCCUACGUCAACAACCUUCUGAGGUUGAAGGAAUACGCGGGAGAUUUGGACCUCGAAAUUGUCGACGUGCUGCUGUCACGACUGGUUAAGAUUGAUGUCCAGAUGCAGACGGAUCUCGACGACCUCGACGACGACCUUACGGCGUCAGUUGCCUACGCGCUCAGCAAGUCAUUGGAUACCGGCUCAUGGGAGGGCGAUGAGGAAGCUUCGGACGAAGACAGCGAUGACGAGUCCGUCGACAGCGAUGAUUCCGACUUUGAUGACAAUGAAGAAAAGAUUCGCGUGGUCAAGGGCAACGUUGAAAAGCUGGAUGCUAUCCUCGAUACGCUGUUCGCCCACUACACACCCCUCUUCGAAAAUCCCGAUUCGGAUCAAGCAUGGGAGCGAUAUGCCUUGCUCGUACAGUCAUUUGGAAAAAUCGUGCUGCCAACGUACAAGUCCCGUCAUACCCAGUUCCUCCUUUUCCACUUUGGCCAAAUGUCAGCUCGCCUGCGCGACACCUUUGUCGGCAGUUUGAUGCACAUUUUUGGUUCGCAAAACCGACCGAGCUUUGUUCGUCAAGCAGCGGCAACAUACCUUGCCGGAUUCAUGGCGCGAGGCGCCCACGUGCCGUCUGACUUGGUGCGCACAGUCUUUGCGCUGUUGCUCAAGCAGAUGCAAAUCUACCGCCUCAAGCACGACGCGGACGCCCGAGGACCAGAUCUGAGAAGACAUCAGAUCUACUACGCACAAGUACAGGCCGCGCUGUACAUGUUCUGCUUCCGCUGGCGCGACUUGAUUGUGUCCACACCAGAAUUUGUCGACCCAGAGGACCCCGCAUCAUAUCUUGGUCACGAGCUGGAAUGGAUGCAAGGGAUGAGAGAAGAGCUCUCUGCCAGCGUAUACUGCAAGAUGAAUCCUCUCAAGAUCUGCGCACCGGCUAUUGUCGAGGAGUUUGCGACACUAUCACACAAACUCGGUCUCAUGUACAUCUUCCCGCGUGUCGAGGAGAACAAGCGGAUCAGACUGUCACAAUUUGUAUCAGACACCUACGGCACAGGCGGCGCACUCCGAGAUACGGGCUCGGGAGCGCAAGACGAGGAAGCAUACCAGCUUGACCCCUAUUUCCCGUUCGACCCUUACCAGCUGCCCGUGAGCAAGCGGUGGGUCCAGAACGAUUACGUACACUACCAGGCUAUCCCGGGUCUUAAUAUGACGGCCGACAGUGACAGCGAAGACGACGACGAGGAGAACGUUCCGGAGACAGACGUUGAGGAAGACACUGCUACCGCCAGCGAGGACGAAGACGACGACUGA